GGUCUGCCUGAAGUGCACGUAUACCUUCGACGUCCUAGUUUCCCGCCAGACUUUCAAAUCAUCAGCUCAGGAAACCGUAGCAGUUGACCUUUGGAAGCGGGCUGGUUAGUGGCAUGACCUUCGGCUAUAGAUUAUGAUUGCACUUUUGUAUUGUUCAUCUGUUGUUAGGGUCAUUGAUUUACCUGAAUGUAGUUUAUUCAACCGGGAAAUAAAUUACGGUUGUGGUCCGUUUUAUUCACUUCGACAUUUUCCUGUCGACUUAUUUCAUAAGACCUCUCAAAACACUCAUACUAUCUCAAAAGUGAAAAUAUUCUCCAUUUGUCUACCAGAAUUCAAGUACCUGUAUGAUGCCUCUUUAGAUCAUAACUUUACAACUUUGUUAUCUCGCUAUCUGAAGUGCAGUAAGAACUUACCGGCUUUGUUUAUAAUAUCUCUCUACCAACGGGAAAUAUGUGAUGUUCCGAUGUGGCAGGUCGUAUGCAGUCGACUGGUUAAAUCAAUUGUCAUCGAAGAGUCUAUGGCAUGGCUUUCCACACUUGGGGGAGGGUAUUCGUCCCUUGGAGAUCAAAUGAUUAUGCGGUAAAGUGAAAAUUUUGCUUAAUUCAAGCAGGCGAGUUUGGCUGGAACAGUUUCUAUCUUUCAGAUGAGCCUUGCGCUGGAGAUAAACUCCCCACUCUUCUAGCCAAGUCCCAGCUGUGGUUUGCCCAGAGCCUAAUGCAAAGAGGAUUCUUGAAGCAUUCUGCCAGGAUAUUGAGACAGAUAUAUACAGUAUGGAAGCCUCUUAUGAGACCUGAUCUCCCAUGUGAUAUGCGAAUAGACCAUAUGGCCCUUGGAUUGUGGGCUCGAUUGCGUCACUUGUGGCAGCAAAAGCACAAGCUCUCGAAAAAGAAUAAGGAGAGCAAACAUUACAUCCCGUUGCCAGUGAACAGUAGUUUAAUUUCUUUCUAUCCACAUGUUAACAUGCUGGUCAGUCGAAUUUAAAUGUGAAUCUGCACACAAAGUGUACAAUGUAUAGUAACUUAUUUUCAAAUAUUUCCUCCUCGAGGGUUCUAAAAUACCUUAUCAGUAAUAAAAAUGUGAGGUGGCUCUUG